AUGGCCGCGGCGAUCGCCAGCUCCCUCAUCCGCCAGAAGAGGCAGGCGAGGGAGCGGGAGAAGUCCAACGCCUGCCGCUGCGUAAGCAGCCCCAACAAGAGCAAGGGGAGCUGUGAAAAGCCCAGUCGACUCAACGUCUUCUCCCGGGUCAAACUCUUUGGCUCCAAGAAGAGGCGGAGGAGACGACCAGAGCCCCAGCUGAAGGGGAUUGUGACGAAGCUGUACAGUCGACAGGGCUUCCACCUGCAGCUGCAAGCAGAUGGAACCAUCGAUGGGACGAAGGAGGAGGACAAUGGAUACACCAUGUUCAACCUUAUUCCAGUGGGGCUACGAGUGGUGGCCAUCCAGGGGGUGCAGACCAAACUCUAUCUGGCCAUGAACAGUGAGGGCUACUUGUACACAUCAGAACACUUCACGCCGGAGUGCAAGUUCAAGGAGUCUGUGUUUGAGAACUACUACGUGACAUACUCCUCCAUGAUCUACCGCCAGCAGCAGUCGGGCAGAGGCUGGUACCUCGGUCUGAACAAAGAAGGAGAAAUCAUGAAGGGCAACCAUGUUAAGAAGAACAAGCCAGCAGCCCACUUCCUCCCCAAGCCUCUGAAAGUGGCCAUGUACAGAGAGCCAUCCCUCCAUGAUUUGACAGAGUUCUCCCGCUCCGGCAGCGGCACGCCCACCAAGAGCCGGAGUGCCUCAGCCGUUCUCAAUGGAGGAAAGGCUGUGAGCCAGAAUGAGUCCACGUAG